UGUCCCUGCAAAAGGUAGACUUUUAGCCAAUUUCAAAGUCAUUCCUCUAAAAGCUGGUACAUACCACUUAAGGGCAUCAUUCUUGGCCAGCACAGUGAAAGCAGAAACAGCACUUGCAAUGGUUGUGAAAUAAUAUAAAAUUGUGACAAUUUAGUUUCAUUUUAUUUUUUUAAACAUACUUUCAUAAGCAAUUGCUAUGAACAGGUUACUAGCCAAAGUAUAAACCAUAUAGUUAGGAAAUCAAUGUAAAAUUGUGAUAUUUGUUGCUGAAGAAAAAGUUUAUGAAUUUUGACUCAAUUUGUUUCACAACAUAUGUGAAUUUCAACCUAUCAGUUGUUUGAUAAGGAUACAUUUAAUAAAUAAAAAGCAAAUAAGCAUUUUGUUUAUAAACAAAAAGAGUAAUUUUAUAAUGAGUAAGAAUGAGCGCAAUAUAUUGGAUACAACGAAAGAGAAGUUUACAUUUUUAGGACAACUUUUGAGACACUUUGUUCCACAUCACCAAUAUGAGGGCAAGGGGGACAAUUCAACCUGCAACAGAGUGGUGGGCAUUGACUAUCUUGUAUCAGCAAAUGGAGAACUGCACAGUACUUCCAUGUAUUAUCUCAUGCAAAAGGAUGUCCCAGAACUUGUCGUGAGGCGUGGAAAGACUUUCGGUUUAGUGCUCCAAUUUGAAAGGGCUCUAAGCAGGAAACAUGACGACUUGAAGAUUUGCUUUGUUUGGACAGAUUGUGGUGAUGUGGGAAAACCAUUUGAGGUGUGUGUAAACCUACCGUUCAAAGAUACCCCUCCGGCGUUUUUCGAAGAACCUUGGGUUGGAGUUGUGUCCCGAAUCAGCAAAGACGGGCUUAAAGCUGAAGUAGUACUUUCUUCAAACUUGAACACUUGGAUAGGAAAGUACUUCAUAGUUUGUAAGAUGAUUCACAAAGAGAACAAUAAGACGGGUUUAUUGUAUAAACACUCAAUACCAUUGUUCUUACUGUUUAACCCUUGGAAUAAAUUAGAAAUUGUUCAUCUACAACAUCAUAACCACAUAGAGGAAUAUGUCAUGAAAGACAUAGGAUGCAUUUUUCGAGGGACUGCUAAGACGAUAAACUAUUCACACUGGAAAUUUAGCCAGUUUGAGGAACCUGUGUUAGAAGCAGCUUUGGUUCUGGCAUCUGUUGUUGGAAAAGUAAAAAACUGGACGAACAUUGUUGAAAUAGUGCGGUCCAUUGCUUUUUCUAUUGAAGCACCGCCUGGGAUAAUGGAAAGUAAUCUGAGAGGUGGCUCUCCUCCGCUUCUCUGGACGGGAACGAGACAAAUAUUGGAUUUGUGGUACAAGACUCGAACAACUGUGAAAUAUGGUCAAUGUUUUGUCUUUGGAGGAUUACUCACUGGAGUAUUUAGAUCUCUUGGAAUUCCAUCAAGAGUCACCAGUUCAUUCUUAUGUGGCAUAAAUCCCGACGAGACAGGAACGAUUGACUUUUUCUACAUUCACGAUUUUGAAAAACGAAAAAAACUGAAUCCGAAUGGCGAGACUUACUGGAUUUUUAACGUUUGGAGUGAGGUUUGGAUGGGACGACCAGAUCUUGGCACACCCUGUGGUUGGAAUGCGGUUUAUUCAAAAGCAGGGCCAUGUUAUCUCAAUCUGUUGAAAAAUGGAGAAGAAAGUGGCUAUAACACAAAACUUUUUUAUAAUAUUGUCAAUUCAGAUAUUUUGAAUUGGGUGUAUGAUGCUAAUAAACCGUUAAAGCUCAUUUCAAAAGAGACUUCAACAAUCGGUGUUAACCUAAGCACUAAAAAAAUUAAUUCUAUGGCCAGAGAGGAUGUUACACAUCUAUAUAAAAAUUUAGAAAGAGCCGAUGAUGAAAUAGAUACGAACACUAUUGCACUGAGAAGUAAGAAACCAAUUUUUCAAAACUUCACAAUAAAUGAAGAAAACCCAAACAUUAAAUUAGUUUGUGAGGCAAAGUCUGUACCUUAUGGAACACCUAUGAAAGUAACUGCUAAAUUGAUAAAUAAAGGUAAGGAACCUUACGAAGCACUUUACCAAGCUCAAGUUGUCUCAAUAUGGCAUAAUGGUGUCCCAUCUAAAGAAGUUAAAUCUCUUUCAACAUACGUUCAACUCAAUAAAAAAUCUACUCAGAAAAUUGUACUUGCAGUAGAAUGCUCAGAGUAUGAGAAUUUUUUGGACGAAGAUUGGAUUUUCAAAGCAUAUUUUUAUUUGUCCUGUGAAGAAACUGAUAUUCUUAAAUACACUGAAUUCACUGUGAUCCCCCCUCAAUUAUAUCUUCAGGUCACUCCAAGUAGGCCUCGUGUAAGUUGUGAAGUCGUCGUGAAAGUGAGACUGAAAAAUACAGGUAGCAGUACGCUGAUGGGAACUUUUUACAUGCAACAAUUGGAUACGGAACAUAUAGUUUCCAUUCCUGAUAUCACUAUUGCACCAAAUGAGAAGAAAUUGGAAAUGUUUACAAUGGUACCUACAAGGGAGGGCAGUUACAAUAUAAAUGUGGUGUUUAAAAGUAUAUUCAUGAUAGUUAGCACUAUUUCAAUAAAUGUACUUCCCGAAAAAAAAGACAAAAAAGUCAUAAAUGAAGAGGAAACAAACAGAAUGGACUAAGCCAAGAUGUAAAAAGUAUUUUAAACUGAUACCCCAUAGCAGUUGCAUUGGAUGACAAAAUGAUA